CAAAGCUACACACAGAAUGGAUAUCGAAAUGGAUAUUGACGAUAUAUGGGAUCCUUAUCAGAAGGAGAAGAAGCGAGGUGAGAUUAUGUAUAUAUCGAUUCUCUCAUUCAAACUUUCAAUUGACAGAGAAAAUAUCGCACUUAAAAACGAACUUCUGGAAAAGGUGAAAGAACGCAAAAUGGCUCCCUAUUAUCGUGAAGUGUGCAACUACUUCGACUAUAAGAUGGACGUGGAUUUGUAUAAUACGAUGAAGGAAGAAAAUGACCGCGUGAUCAAAGAAAAGAGCGAAGCUCUUGAAGAAAUUGAAAAGAGCGGAAGUGAUGAUGAUAUCAUUGAUGUGCUUCUCUAUAUCGCAAACUAUUAUUUCGAGAUCGGAGAGAAGGACAAAGCCGUUGAGGUCUAUAAGAAGAGUAUCAACUACAAGAUGUCCCAGAACAUGAAGAUGGACAUUUGGAUGUACAUCCUCGACGUCUAUCUGUUCCAUCAAAGCAUCGCCGAGUACACCUCCACGCUCAAAACCGUUCAAAAAAUGGUGGAAGAGUCGGGCGACUGGGAGCAUCGCAACCGUCUGAACGUCUAUUUAGGCGUGAGUUACAUGCUCUCCAAAGACUUCACGAAGGUGGCCGAGCUGUACUGCGCCACGAUCCCCACGUUCACCUCGUUCUCCGUGUUUUCGUUCAACGAUUUCGUGAAAUACGCGGUGAUUUCGUCGAUCAUGACGCAGUCGCGAUCCAACAUCAAACGCGAUCUCGUCAAUUCUUCCGACGUCGAAAUGUCGCUUCUCGAAAUGCCCACGCUUCAGCACCUUCUCUCCUCUUUCGAUGAGUGUCGCUAUCGCGACUUCUUCCUCGCUCUGCUGGAUUUGGAGUCGAUUUUGAAGCAGGAUCCCUAUCUUCUGCCCUCCGCUUCGCUCAUCAUCGGCGAGCUUCGUUUGAAGGCGUACCAGCAAUUCCUGGAUAGUUUUAAAUGCUGCACGCUGCAGUCGAUGGCGGAUAGCUUCGGCGUGUCAACGCCGUUCAUCAAUAGCGAGCUGGCGCGAUUCAUCUCCGAAGGAAGGAUCCAAGCGAAGAUCGAUCGGAUGAACGACACGGUAGAGACGCAGGCGAUUCUGACGAAGGGAACCAUUCUGAUGAAUCGCGUGCAGACCGUUGCGAAGACGCUGGAUGUUUGGAUUGUUUGUGCCAAUAAACACGAAACGCUUCGUCAUCGGAAUUCCAAUCUUCUUGCCACACUUCCGCCUCCUCUUCGCCUCCUGCUUGCUGUUGCAUCAUUCCGCCAUUCUGUGCAUUCAUCAUCUCGAGAACUUGCUCCUGCAACGCGGCCACGUCGUCAUCGUUGA